CUACCUUUUCCCCUUCAUGUCUCGUUCUCCUCUCAUAAUAUCACUUGCUCUUGGAGCUGUCUCCGGUACUCUCGGGUUUUUUGUCGGUUACCUACGAAACCGUCCUGAAGCAAACGAGACGAAACUGUUUGAACCCGAACCAGAAAAUGAGGAAGACAUUCCUGACGGAGAUCUCUCUUCUGUAUCAGCCAGUUUUCUUGAACCCUGCAAACUUGUUUUGAUCGUUCGAACGGAUCUGAAAAUGGGUAGUGGGAAAAUAUUCGCUCAGUGCGGAGACGCGACACUUGCCUGCUACAAGGCACUAGUGAAGAAAAAUCCCACUCUUGUUAAUCAUUGGGAACGCACUGGCCAAGCUAAAAUAGCCCUCAAGGCGACCUCAGAGGAGCAGAUUCUUGAACUGGAAGCAAUCGCCAAGAGCCUAAAUCUUUGUGCGCGUUCAAUAAAGGACCAGGACACAACAGCAGUUCUUGGCAUCGGUCCUGCUCCGGUUAAACUGGUGAAUGAAGUGACUGGCAAAUUGCGUUUGCUGUGAAGACAGAAGAUAGGAAUCUCAUUGUGAUACAGGGCUAGUCUCUAGAUGGCUAAUAGUACAGUGUACGUGCGAAUGCUGGUGAUACAAUGCAUAAAAUAGAAAUGCUACAAUCAGCAAUCCUGCUCUGCUUCUAUCCUACAUACAUCAGCUUUGGG